AUGUUUCGUGGCAUAUGGCGUGCCCCAGGAGUUGCAUACAGCUACCGCGCCAGCAACAGCUCCCGGCACUGUGCUCAUCGCGGUCACCUCCGGACCAACUUCCAGCGCUCGGACCCAUAUGCACUAGCGGCCUGUCGCGCAACGCCAGACGAUGCUGGUGCAAUACCUGUGACCCAGCCUCGCCGCCUGCGAAUCCAGCUUGCGCGCCGAGAUGAGGACUUCGAUGCAGUUGCACGCUUGUGGGCCGAGGCGCUGCUGCUACCCGGCCUCACCGAGCUGCCCCCUCCCGCCGGGGACCGGGCGGAGGGGGAGCUCCGUCAGAUGACGGAACACGUGGCGCGGCGGCUGCGACAAGCUUACGAGAAGAAGUUGCGGGCCGCAUCUGAGAGUCGCUCCCUGCGCCGGGAGGCCGAAGUGCUCACCCAGACCAUCAACACGACCAACACCAUAGGCCGUAGCAGCGGCAGCGGCAGCAAGGGGGGGAAUGAACGGCGCGGCAACGGAACGGGUGGUGGCGGCGGUGGCGGCGGCGGUGGCGGGAUUGUCCUGAACCCCCUGGAGCGCCUGUUGAUGAUCAGACGGCUGCAAGCCGUAAGAUCCAAGGCUGGAUCCAGAUCCGGAUUUGGUCCGGGAUCCGGCGGCGCUAGCUUCUCGGCCAAGCAUCCUCAGGUCGUGGGGCGGGGUCAUGCAGAUGACGUCAUAGGGAUACGGCAGAGGCCGCCAGAGUAUUCGGGUCCUGGCAAAGUGCCAACAGUCGCCGCCACAGGCACCGCAGCGGCCGCAGCAAGUGGCAAGGACUUAACUGGACAUGAAGACCGCGGCGGCGGUGGCGGCAGUAGCCGUCAUGGUACGACAGGCGGCGGCGACGUCGCGGUGGGUUACGUGUUGGUGUCUAUAUCUCAGCCGUUGGCGCUGUUGCCUCCGCCGCUGCCUUCCAUGGCGCCACAUCAGUUACAUGCGGAUGCGCUGGCGGUACGGGAGAGCCACCGCCGCCAGGGGGCGGGGUCUGCGCUGCUGGCGGCUGCGGAGCGUUUGGCGAAGAGGUGGGGCGGCAACUCGCUUUGGCUGCACGUCGACUCGUCCAACGAUGCCGCCGUGCAAUUGUACAGCGAUCGUGGGUACGGUAUCGUACGCAUUCAGGGCCCGAAUUUGAUGUCUGGCUUGACAGCCGGUGCGUGUCGUCGACCGCCGUGGGGUGGGUCUACGGCCGUACGGUGGCCACCGCCAGCACCGCCGACGCCGCAACAGCAGCAACAGCUCCGGAACCAAGGAGAGGGUCGGGAAGGACAGAAACUUCACUCCCAGUCGCCCCAGGGACAGAAUCCAGGCACAACAGUAGUUGAUAUGAGUGUGCGUGUGCAACAGCAAAGGCAACAGCAGCUCAUGCUGCUCCGGAACCAUAGCUCAAACGAAACCAAAGACAACGGCGCUCCAAAACAGUUUCUACAGAGCCCAGCGCAGGUGCCACAGCCGUUCCUUCGCAACGACGACCCGGUGGCGACGCCGAUGAUGGUGACGGCGGAGGCCUUGUUAGAGCAGUGGAGGGUGCGGCGGCGACGGAGCCGUACCUUUGUGAUGCAGAAGCGGUUACCUGUGCUGCCUGCGUGCACAGAGCGGCACGUACACACCAUACAGCGCCUGAGCGUCCGAUUUGAAAACGACCGCGACGAUGAAGAAGAAGAAGAAGAAGAAGUAGGAGGGGGAAAAGGAGCGCAGGAAGGAGGCAUCGAAGGCGGGAAAGGGAGGCUGCAGACGGUGCAGGCGAUGUCGGCUUCCGAGUAUACGACAAAGCUGCGGGAGGGCAAUGGUCGUACCUUGGCUGGCCAGGUUGGCGCUGGGCUCCUGGACUCAGGCGGGGAGGCGGAUAGCCCGAGCUCGUCAAUAUCAGAUCCGGUCCCGGGGCCAUUGCGGGAUAUGCCGGAUCCUUUGGAGGCUGGCGGCGUGUCGUCAAACGGCGGGAGGAAGAUGGGGGCCGAUUUGGAACCGCAAUCUGGGCGUGAGCGCGGCAGUGGUAGUGGCGGUGGUAGUGGUAGUGGUAGUGGCAGCGGCGGUGAUAGUGGUAGUGCUAGUGCCCGCCGUGUCUACAAGUGGCGCAUGCAUGGAUGA